AUGAAACCUCCUCAGUCCAAACAAGGACCGCCAACAAAUUCUAGCGACCCAGCGCCGCCAUAUACAGAGAUCGCAUCACCCCCUCCAUAUCCUGAAGUCCCAUCUGCAGAAUAUCUCAACGAGAUGUUCAGAUACUUCUACCUUCGCGACUGGAAGGAUAGCUGGAAGGCCACUCUUGCCGAUUUCCUUGCCAAGAAUGAAAAUUACACGUUUGAGCUUCACGACGAUGGUAAAAAUCUUCGCAUCAUGCUACCCAGCGCUUACUACAAGUCGAUGGAACUUGAAGAGCUUCGGAAGAUGCAGCGGUAA